UUAUAUUAAAGCUUUUUUUUUUGUAAAAUUAAGUGGGUUGAUUCCUGCAAAAGAAUCUCUCGACACGAUAAACGAGACACUCGCUUUAAUCGUAUCGCACAGUGCAGAAUUUGUGGUUUUAUUAAGUCCUUCUGUUACACGUGGUGUUCGUCAGACAGCGAGUAUUUGCUUUAUAUAAAAAGGAAGCACACUAAUUGAAACGCUACUAUGGAUUUCAGCUGACAAUUAUCGUCUUUAACUCAACAGCAGUGGUUUGAUCAGCAGUAAUCUCCUUUUUCAUUCCCCUAAUACGUAACCAUGGCAACUCUUACGAGACAGGACCUGAACUUCGGUCAAGUGGUGGCGGAUAUCCUGUGUGAGUUUCUGGAAGUGGCCAUCCACCUCAUCCUGUAUGUGAGAGAAGUUUAUCCUUCUGGCAUUUUCCAAAAGAGGAAGAAAUACAAUGUACCUGUUCAGAUGUCAUGUCACCCCGAGCUGAAUCAGUACAUCCAGGACACACUCCAGUGUGUUAAACCGCUUAUUGAGAAGAAUGAGGCAGAGAAGGUGGUGGUGGUAAUCAUGGAUAAAGAGCACCACCCAGUGGAGAGAUUUGUGUUUGAGAUCUCCCAGCCUCCUUUGUUGUCUAUCAGCUCUGAAACACUGCUGUCUCAUGUGGAACAGCUGCUGAGAGCUGUGAUCCUGAAAAUCAGUGUCUGUGAUGCUGUUUUAGACAACAAUCCUCCAGGAUGCACAUUUACUGUUCUUGUUUACACCAGAGAAUCUGCCACUAGAAACAUGGAGAAAGUUCAGGUGAUCAAGGACUUUCCCUGGAUUGUAGCAGAUGAGCAGGAGGUCCUCAUGCAGGAGCCCAGGCUCAUUCCUCUGAAAACAAUGACCUCAGACAUAGUAAAGAUGCAACUUUAUGUGGAGGAACGUGCACACAAAGGACAGCAAAAUGUACCAUGAAAAAGAAAUACACCUGAAAAGGUUUUCUUUAUUUAUUUAUUUUUCUGAGCCUCAUUUAAUUCUUUAGGUAUAACAGUAUUUUGAUCAGGAACCUUUAAUCUGUUGAUUUCGUUUUAAAGUUGGUUUCGUUUUUUUUUCUAUUUCUACGUUAGUUCCUUGUUUAACUUUCUGUACAGCUGAACCCAUAGUGUUUAACCACUUCAGUGUGAGCUGGGUUGGUUUGUAUAUUGGAAUACUUUUCUUGUGACCAGCUUGAUAUCCAGAGACGUCAUGCGGUUUGAUGAAUGUAUGGAUAAGCAGUAAUCAUCAGUUUCUUCAUGUCAGGAAGUUUUCCAUCUCUACUUCAGAACAAAAAUGAGAGAAGUGAGUAAAUCGAGCUGUUACAUUUGCACUAUGAUGGGAGGUAAAAUGUAAAGUGUGUGUACGUGUACAUGUUCGUGUAUGUGUGUAUUUGUUUUCCACCUGGUGUGUGUGUGUUUGUUUUGGCCUGAAUGUUCACUUGAAGUGAAAAAUGCUCACAUUCUACCAGUGUAUUAUUAAAAGUUUUUUUUUUUAAAGCC